AUGCUGUUCGUGGUCAGCGUCUCCCGCGAAGGCGCCGUGCACGUGUGGUUCUCUGCGCACGCGCCGACCUCGUGCACCGGCGCGGACGAGCGCCUCGAGUUCUGGACGGACCUCACUUCCGUUGCCGUCGACCUCCGGGCACGGUUCCCCGACGCCUUCUGGUUCGUCGCCGUGGACGCGAACGCGAGGGUAGGGAGGGUCCCGUCUGAGGCGUUCGGCACCGCUUGCCCCGAGCACGAGAAUGAGAACGGCGCAGCCCUGCGCAUCUUCGCAGAGACGCUGCAACUCGUCGCCAUCAACACGUUCUCUGGUGCGGAGCCCACGUGGCACCACAACACGAACACUUCACCUCGGAUCGACUAUGUCCUCAUCCGGAACGCCCACCAGACAUGGGCUUCCGACGUCCACGUGCACGCCGACAUGGACCUCACCUUCGACGGGCGGCGCGACCACUCGGCCGUUUCGGUCGUUUGCGCUGUGCAGCAGUCCGCGCUGGGCUCUGCACCCCGGCCGCCUCCUCCCGUUCGCGUCGACAAGGCGGGCGCUGGGAAUGCGAAGUUGGUCGAGGCCUUCCAAACACGUCUGCUCGAGGCUCCUAUUCCUGAUGAGCCGCACGUCGACGAGCAGCUGGCGCGAGUGAACUCCAUCGUAACGGAGGCGGCCCUGGACGUCUUCGGCCAGGCCCGGCCCCUGCCCCGCAAGCCGUGGCUGUCGCAGACCACGUGGGACAUGGUUCAGCUCAUGCCGGGCGACACCGAUUCGCAUGGUUUCAGCGAGCCUUCUUUCACCUUCUCCGCUCUGGGCGCAGCGGUGGACUCGCUGAAUGCCCAUGCGCGGGCGCGGAAACACGAAUCUUCGUUCUACGCCGCGAUUUUGGGAUUGCAGAAGUGCGUGCGCACGUCCCUUCACGCGGACCGCAUGGAGUUCCUCGAUAGCAUGGCGAUGAAAGCUCAGGCGGCAGCUGACGCGGGUGACGUGCGCACCCAGUUCGCCGUCGCCCGCGCCCUCGGCGCACGCUCGGCCGUCGCCAACACAGAGGUGUUCCAGCUCGACGGCACCCUCACCCAGAACGCCUCCGAGGAGAUCGCACGCUGGGAGGAGCAUUUCUGCGACGUCUUCAAAGGCGAGCUGACCGCGCUGCACGAGAUGCGACGCCCUGCGCAGCCCGCCUACUGCGACCCGCGGCUGCUGGACGCGGGGCCCGCCGCGACGGCGGCGGCUUUCCGCAAGCUCGGCCGGAACAAAGGGGUUGGCAUGGACGGCGUCCCCGCCGAGAUCUUGGUGGCUGGCGGGGGCCCUGCUGCAACCUUGUACGCUUCCGUCAACGAGCGGGUGCUUCAAAAUUACCAGUGGCCAUUGCAGUGGUGCGGCGGCCUCCCCCCGCACCUCCACGAGCAGAAGGGUGACCGCAGAAUCUGCGACAACCACCGCGGCAUCCUCCUGGCUGACCACGCUGGGAAAGGCUUGGCUAGCAUCGUCAAGGACGCGUUGGAGCCCACCGUCAACGAGCACCUGCCAGCCACGCAAUUCGGAGCAGCGGCCAAGCGAGGGACAGAUUUCGCGACGCACAUGGUCCUCACUGCCACUGCCCUUGCCCAGGCGUGGCAUGCAUCACUGUUUCUGCUCUUCGUUGAUUUGACAAAGGCCUUUGACAGGGUUAUCCGGCAACUCGUCAUGGGCUGGGGCGGCGUGGACAGUGAGCACCGCGAGCGCCGCCCCCGCCAGCUUGGAGUCGCCCCGCGAGCGGCGCGGUGGCUGCACGUGCAUAUCGAAGAACGCGGACCCUUACUGCAGCAAUGGGGGGCCAACCACACGGCUAAGGAGAUGGCCCGCGCGUUUCACGAACAUUCGCGGUUCCAGGUGCCAGGCGGGGACCGCGUCGUGGCCUCUCACACGGGGGGGCGUCAAGGGUGCAAGCUAGGAUCCCUCGUGUUCAACCCGGCCUACACCCCGGCACUAGACGCGCUCCGGUGGCGAUUGCGCCAGGAGGGCCUGGCCCUGCGCACCCCGCAGGCCCCUGGCGCUUUUUGGGAGCCUGCGCCCGCCGACGACCCGCUUGAAUGCGAGAUUGUGGACGCCACCUUCGUUGACGACGAGGUCGUUAUCCUCCUGUCCGAGUCUCCUCGGGUUUUGGCGCGUGCUAUCGACGUCUUGCUCGAGAUUCUGACAGGCACUUUCGGCGACUUCCACUUGGAGAUCAAUUGGAGCAGGGGCAAGACCGAGGGCCUAAUUGCUCUCCGGGGCAAGCACUCGGUGGACGUUCGGGAGAAAUGGUGGCAAGCCGACGGCAGCCUGGCCAUUCCGGUCCCGAAUUCUGGGCACUCCCUUCACGUGUGCGAGGAGUACAAGCAUCUUGGCACGCGGGCCUCUGCGCACGGAAUGUCGUUUCGCAAUGCCGCUGACAGGGCGCAGUCUGCGAUCGCGGCGUGCGCGCCCAUCUCCCGGAAGGUCUUCGGCUCGCCGCUGAUGAACGACAAGUAUAAGGUCUCGUUCUGGCGUAGCCUCGCCCUCUCCCGCCUCACCUUCAACCUCCAUGUCUGCACCUUGCCCAUCAAGACGCCUCGCCGCUUGUGCGGGGUCUACAUGAGAGUGAUUCGGCGGAUUGCAGGAGACCCUCGUUUCUCCAAGGUCGUGGCGCUGACUGACCUGGAGGUCCGGGAGAAGCUCGGGCAGCCCUCGCUCGAUUCCAUUCUGUUGGUGGCGCGCUUGCGGUAUUUUGGCAGGCUGGUCCGGAACCGGCCGGCCGCCCUCUUAGUUUUACUGCAGGCCGGCGCUGGGGAGCCAGAGUUGCCGUG